AACCUCAAAUGUCUGCUUCUGCGUGUGAACGUGAUCGAUGUCCGAGCGCCGCAUCGAUUCUAACUACACGCAUGAAUUCUGUCAGACAUCAUCCUAGAGUUCGUAGCGAGCGAAACAUUUUCGAGAAGCAGGUGACGAUGGAAGAUCACCUAAUUCAAGGAGCACUUCAGAUUUUAAGCGAGGAGGCGGUUGAAGACAUUUCCGCUGUAAAUGCUGUCGCGUCGAUGAGAAGAACACCGCAAUUUGACCUCCCCGACGAUUCGCGUCACGGAUUUCGGAACCCCGUUUCAUCGUUUGCCGAUGACCACCACCACCGAAUGGGUUCUCCGUUGGGCCAUCCGUCCUGUGACACGGGCCCCAACACCAGUUUGCGCAACAGCGACGUGUUUGAUCCGGAAGAUGUCGCUGUUUUCCGAGACGACGGCGUCGAAGCCGGAGAAACGGAAGUGUUGUAUUUACGGUCGGCUGCUCCUUGCGCUUCCCCGCUAAACACCAAUGAAGUCGUGUACGGCUCUGCCAAGAGCGUGGUCCCCGGCAGCGUAGUUUUCGUCCCGCCACUCAUUAACCGUAGCCGGUAUUCUUCCUUUUCCGGCCGCAUGUCUAAUAGUCCCAUCUCGAGUCGAUCGGUGUCUGUGCGCACUCUGGCCGACACCGACUCGAUCAUAGCAAGGCUGAGUCCGGAAAGAAACCAGGAAUUGUGGAAUGACGUUGAAGAACAGCAUACAAUGGUCAGUCGCCCGCAAUCCACCACAGCAGCUAUUUCCAACAGGCUCAACAGCAUCUAUCAGCGUGGGAGAUCCGAUUCUUUCCCAGAAAUCGUGUGGAGCAACAACGGGAGAUAUCCACCAGCAGAAACAACGCCUGCAGACUUGGAUUCUGCUUCCGGUUCGCCGCAAAGCGGGAAAAACCCGUUCACGCCCGGACGGAAACUUCCUCAGUCCUUCCGCAUAAAGGAGCUUCGAAGCCGGGAGAAUUCUUUAGGCAGCCUCAGUCGACUGUCGACACUUCGGCGUAAACUCUUGGGUUCCUCGCGUUCGAAGUCCCAGCUGGACGCCGAACUCGGAGGCGGCACUCCGACGACGCCCGAGAAGCCAUCCCAGGCGACCCCGUCGGCGGCGACGCACAGCAGUGAUUCCAGGUCCAGGAACAACAGUGUGAGCAGGGAUUCCGGGAAAAGAAUCCCGCUGAGGCAGUUGACGUACAAGAGCGUCGUGGACUCGAGUUCCAGUUCGGAUGACAACGUUGAAGAAGCGUUGAUUGACGAAGAGAAUAAUAGUACGUUUGACGGCGCUGAGGAUUCGUCGAUGGCGACGUCUACGGGUUAUUCAACUCUGCAGGACGAAUCUAAAAAGUCUAGCGGAAAAGAAGGGAAAACAAGGCGAGUCUUCCAAAUCCCAUCGUUUCGAAAGUCCAAGAAGAAACACUCGGACGCUGCUUCGCCAUCAAAUGCGAACGAGCUUACAUUUUCUCCAUCAGCUUCCACCCAAGAUUUCCGGCUGUCUGGUGGCGUUGACGUGGACGAAACCGAACUUUUGGUAUUGGAAUCUAAUCCAUCUAUGGAUUCCGAAGGAGGACUCAAGGGGAAACGCGGACUGAGUCGUCAAGAGCACGUUGUUUCCUCAUCUCGUGAAGUUACUCCCAUGCUCGAUCCAUCCGGUUUGGGUCGUGAAAUGUGAUGAUGAUCCUUUCGGGAAUUGUUCCAUUUGUGUCCUUUUACUGGAGAUGCUUUUUGCUGCAUUUUCAGGCUUUUUUUUUUUUUCGUCUAGCCCUUCUCACGGGAAAGAAUGAAACAGAUUUCGCUGUGUUAUUUCCCUGUAUAAUUUCUGUGAAAGGAAGGUGCACGAGUCCGGUCCAUGUAUGAGGGUUGUCUGAUUUCCGCGACGACAUUGGGAAAAAAAUGCUACCUAUUACGCUGAAUAACCUAAAGCGUAAUGAAUUUUUAAUACCUGAAGUGCAAUUCUGGAAGACUAAGAAUUCAUGUAAAUAUUAAGACCCCUCUUACCCGAAGACCCUUCGAGGCAUUAUAUUUUAGAAAAACGUCACCCGAAAUGCUCUCCUGAAAUUGAACAGGAUUAAUAAGAUGCUGGCAGAUUUUCUCCUUCUGCUUAUUAAUAAUGUUUGCAAAAUUAAGAGAAUAAAAUCCCCUGAAGCAUUGAGGAUGUACCAAAAGGAUCUUACCGCUAGAUCUGUUCAUAUUGAGAGAUUUCCAUGGACCCUAUUUUGUGUUGGAUACUUCAUUUCUUGGGGAAACCAGACAACCCUUUUAUUUCAAGAUUUCGCAAAAAUGUGACCUAUAUCUGGAAAAAAUGUACCCUUCAAGCGGAACGCAUUUUUUAAAUCCGCCUGAAUGGAUGGGUUGAAGGCGGGAUUUUGAAAUACCUGUAAUUUUGAAUUUAGGAAAUUUCACGUCGCUAAUUUUUUUUUUUUUUUCGCGAAGAUUUCUUCGUCUUACGAAUUUCUUUGAGAAUUUCUCAUCUCGGAUGGUUGAAUUUCUUAUCUUGUGUGAUGCAGUAUUUAAAAGUUGUUCGAAAAAGUCGCUUCAUGAACUCAAGAAAAAGACGGAUUGAUUCUUGGGUUUUUUUUUUGUCAAGGUUGUCAUGUUUUUUGUCGCAGCUUUAUCAGUUCCAAAGUUAUCGCCGGUGAUCUGAACGCGAAAGUGGAUUUUUCUUUUUGGUGUAUCUGUAGUACGUCGAAGACAAAAGAAAGCGUUGAUUUCAACGGAAUAUUCUUCGCCUUUGGAGGACGAAAUUCAAUUUUGAAUUUUAUGUGUUCGCACUUUGGAAUGUCAAAAGGAAGGCUAGAGAACCGAAUGUUGCAUCCAAUGUCCCGGUCGUGUUGGGCAUUUUUGUAUCGGGGUUUCCGCGUUUAUCUUUGUGUCUUUCUGUAUCAUGCGCUCGAAAUGCGGGCGAAUAUCGGAGGAAGCUCAAAAAUUCGUCCGCGGGUCUUGAGGUGAUCUUCUACUCGGGAAAGAAUGAAAGAAUGUGAUGUUGCCCUGA